UGUGUUUGUAUGAAAUGGAGCUCGCCUCUCUCCGAGAUGUCACCACAAAGCUACUGGACUCUUCAUUUACCACACAGUCCCAUAGGUAAAGUUUGCCAGUUCUGUAACCCUGUCAGUAACUUUAGACCUAGCCACCUGCAUACUGUAUAUACAGUAGGAUACUUCCAAAUUAACCAACUUGUUGUUCUUGAGGGCAUAUUGACUUUACAUCUCUGCAUGAGGCUGAGCUAAGUCUGUGAACUACUCCUGGUACUUGCACCACACCUGUUUCUCCCCUCCCACUGGACCAAGAGGCUAUCUUGUCCCUCUAGUCACAAAUGACUUCAGGUGUCUGCAUAAGGCCAGCCACCACAGUACACUACACACUAUAACCCUGCACUUCAUCAUAUCAUAUUGUCCACUGGACCAAGAGGCUAUCUUGUCCCUCUAGUCACAAAUGACUUCAGGUGUCUGCAUAAGGCCAGCCACCACAGUACACUACACACUAUAACCCUGCACUUCAUCAUAUAAUAUUGUCCACUGGACCAAGGAGCUAGCUUGUCCUCCAUAGGGUUCAACAAUUGACUUCAGUUCUAAAGUUUAAACUGACUCUGUGAACAACCCCCACUACGGUACAUACUAUCCACUAUGCCCACGGUGCCGGUGCCUCGUCCAGCCUACUCCCAGGCCAGAGAAAAUCUGGUGAAGGCCAUCCCACCCAAGAUCAUUUGCCUACUGGCCUGCGGAGGAUGGGACUGCCGCUAUGAAGGACCAGCCUGCUGGAGGCCCAGCCAACAAGCUGUACAGGGACUCUUCUCACACUGGGUGACAGAUGACAUUGUGGCCAUGGCACGACCCUCCUCUCACCUCAUCAAGAAAUACAACAUCAUAGAGCAGUUCCAACGGCUGAACAUCAAGUCCAUCAUCAACAUGCAGUUGCCUGGGGAGCAUGCUCACUGUGGCCCUCCACUGGAGCCAGACACUGGAUUUACUUACUCCCCACAAACCUUUAUGGAGAAUAAUAUCUUCUUCUUCAACUUUGGCAUGCCGGACUUCGGUGUGUCGUCUCUUGUGGGGAUGAUGGAUGGAGUAAAGGUGUUAGCCUUCGCUGUGAAAGAAGGGAAGGUGGCGGUGCACUGUCACGCAGGCUUGGGGAGGACAGGUGUCCUGAUAGCCUGCUACCUGGUCUACACUCUGCGUGUGAGCCCCAGUGAGGCUGUCCACUACGUACGUAUCAAACGUCCCUGUUCCAUCCAGACCCGGGACCAGAUCAGCCUGGUGUUUGACUUUGCUCGUCUUCUGGGCCCUCAGCUGGCCCAGUUCCCUGACCUCAGCCUGCGCCACGGGGCCCAGUUCACCCUGCUGCAGUACCUGCACCGUCAGGCCCUCCUCCUCCAUGGCCAGGAGGCCCGCACCCUCAGGCACACUCCCAAGGUGGUGUACCUGUUGUGUGGCCGUCUUACUGCCCUGGCGUUGGGCCUGCCUGCCUCUCUGGAGGUGCAUGCUGAGCUGGAGAGAAGGGCAGAACUGCGGGCCCUGGGCAGGGCUGUGAGGGAGACCCUGGUGGCCAAGCAGUACCUGCCCCUGCACCGUGAGGUCCAUAUGGGGUCCUGGGGAGGGUCAGGUUCAGUGUCAUCCUGGGACGAACCAGAGGGCUUUCUGGAGAGGAAGAGACAGGUACUGCUGGAUAAACGCAGCUACAGUGACUCAGACCUCAGCAAGAUCACUGUAAAACAGGAUCUUGAGUUGGGCUCAUACUGUACUGUACUAGAUAGGAGUAAGAGAGACUGGUCUGGAUUAGAGCAGAUUAGACCUGACGUGAGACCCAUGAGUCCAGUCCUGCCCACCCCUACAGCUGGCAUCUGUUCCAGUCCUGAGGACUCACAAAGACUCAACCUCCCAGCAGGCAGUGGGGCAACCAACAGUAACUGUUCUUCGAAGAGUUUAAAGUGCACUGCCAAGAGGGCGCCAGCGUUUCACAAAUUCAACUCCUACAUUGAGGUAUGUAAAAACCAGCGUAAGUCCGGACAGGCCUCAGUGGCUCGGGCAGUUGCCAAGGAGAUGGCAGAUCUAAACCCCCCUGGAGAGACAGUUCUACAGAGGACAGCACUGCUACAGGAGGAGCUGAACAGCAGUGAGUGUGCCUGGGCCCUACUGGUCACAGAGUCUGAUCCGCACGUACUCAGCUGUCUAUUGUGGACCUGGCUGGAGAAACUCAAGGAGCCUGUUCUGAGUGCAGAUGACGUAGAGAGGUUGACCUCAGUAUCUCAACACGUGAACCAUCUAAGUGUGCUAACGAAGCAGCCCCAGCGCCACACCAUGUCCUGUUUGCUGGGUUGUGUGGGUCAGGUGACCAGUCUGUGUCCUCAGAGAGAGGAGGCCGUGCUACGACGCCUGAUACAAGCACUCACCAGGCACCCUCAGGAGGAGAUGGAGAGCUAUAAAGUCCUGAUGAGAAUCCUCAAGUCCACCAACAGACAAACACUCCAUAACCAUAACUCCCUCACACAGACCUCAGACUACACAAACACCUGCUCAAGAAGAGGAAACAAUUGAUUGAUUGGUUGAUGGGUUUAUUGGUUGUACAAACUUUACUUCAUAACCAUUUGUAUGAAGGGUCAAAUAUUUGUUCAAUUUCUGUGUUUUCUUUUCUAUGACUAGGUGCAGUAAGCUCUUUACUGUUUUAGUGGUGCUUGGAUGGGUGUAGAUUCUAUGAAGCAUGGCCACGAUCCUGAUAUUGGAGUAUAUUCUCUCUGCACAUUACACAAUACAAAUAUUUGUACCAUUGACCUCAUCCCGGCGUGUAUUAUUGUUCAAAUCUUACAUACACACUGAACAACAAAAUAAAUGUAAAGUGUUGGUCCCAUAUUUCAUGAGCUGAAAUAAAAGAUCAUAGAA